AAUUCAGCACUAGGGCAAGAGAAGAGCAUUUGUAGAAAUCGAAACCUAACUGCUGGCGAGCGAUAUUAUUUUAAAAAUUGUGUCUCAGAGCUACCCAUCCACUGCUGAAAGUCUUACUUUCAGUUUUGGCUCGCCCAUGCCACUAAAGUAAACUUAGCUCCGGAUGAAUAAACUUCAUCUCUUGGAAGAAUGGACCCCAUAAGACAGCAACGCAGGAAAGAGAUAGGUGAUGCUCUGAGAUUCAUACAGUCUUCUCUGCCUUUUCCGGACUCUGGAGGCUACCAGGACUUCCUGAUCAAGUUGGUGUGCAACCUUCUCAAAGAGGGCAAUUGCUGGUUCAGAGAUGGCUACGGGAAUCGGGCAGUGAGCGAGUUCAGCGAAGCCUUAAAUGUUUCCCACUACGCCUCAGCAGAGGGGAUCCAGAUUCCUCAGGUUUUACUGGAGAGUCUGUAUGUCAACCGGGCGACUGCCUACCACAGCAUGAAGGAAUACAGUCAGUGCGUGAAGGACUGUGACACAGCUAUGGAAGUGUGUAAAAGAAGCCACAGGAUGCUCUACUUGAAGGCCCUUUGCUUGAAGCAUCUUGGAAAGUACAAGGAGGCUUACGACUGCACCAGGGACUGUAUGCUCACCACACGUCAGGACAAACAGGUCAAUGACCUAGCAGAGGAACUUGCCAACCACCUGGGACUGAAAAAACGAAAGCCCUAUGUGUCUGCUCAUGUAGGAAAUGAUAUGAACUCUUUGAGUCAAAUUGCGGCGGUCAGUUCACCCAGUAUGCCUCAAUCUGAGCUUCCUGCCAAAACAAAUAACGGACACCUGCUUGCCAUCUCCGGCCUGCAAAGCCUGGACACAUUGGAGGACUGUCAGCUGAUAGGAGAUGACUUAGACAGCCUGCUUGACUCCAUGCCUCAUGAACAGGAGGCUGCUGAGAUCCCCAUCCAAAAAGUAGCUUCACUUCCCAGCAGAGAAAGCACUUUGGUGCUGCCCGCUCCAACGCCUCACCUCCCUUCAGCCUUCUUCAACUCAGCCACAAGUCAUUUGAACUCCAAUUCACUUGGCGGCCACAACUCACUGGAUACCCUGGAUGACCUCUCCUCUCCCCAGGGCCAUGACUCUUUAGAUAACCUUUCUGGGGGUGUCAAUGCUCCAAAAUUGAAUUCCACAAUGCUAGAUUCCUCUGGUGACCUAUUGAAGGCGCCUCCAUGUGCCAAGGCAGCUGAAGCUGAUCAGUCCAAAACGGACCUGAAAGCGCAAGAAAAGUCGCUUGACGACUUGCUUGUCGAGCUGCAACCUGUGGGGAUCACCUGUGACCGUUCUGUUCCAGCUGGAUCGGUUUCUGGUGUGGACAAGCUGGACUCCCUUGACUCACUGGAUUUGUUUCCCUCAGUGGAAGGUGGGAGGGCUACCUUGCCAGCACUGCCAGAGGUGGGAACAGGCCUGGACCAACUCUGCAAUUUCAGCUCCACUGCUGUCGCGACCUCUAACAAUGUGGUUUCUCCGAUAAAGCGGAGCAAAAAGAAACAGAGGAGUACAUGCACAUCCGUCUCAAACCCUCUGUCUGCCACCCAUGAGUUCAUGCAGGCCUGUUCUACAUGCUUCCCUCGCCGAGGUCAAGGGAUAUUCACCUUCGUUCACAAGCCUGACCUGGUCCACACUUGUAAGCGAGACAUUCUCUUAUGCCGACGAAAGGCAGCUAAACCUACAGAGUGGACCAGAGUGCGACAGCCACCUACAUGGACGUCCUUCACAGGGCCAUUUGUUCUUUGCAGAGAACUGCUGAAGUCUGGAGAUGUGGGCCUGUGUAAGUUUGGUGAGAAAUGCACGUUUGCCUUCAACCAACUGGAAAUAGACGUUUGGACAGAGGAAAGGAAGGGCACUCUGGAUAGAAAUCUGCUGUUUGGACCAACCGACGCCAUCAAGCUGGACCCUACAAACAGCAUCAUCCGCCUUGUACAGGAGCACAAGGGCAUGUUCAUAUUCCUGUGUCAGGAAUGCUAUGAAAGGAAACCUCGGAUCAUCAGUAAGCGCUGCCAAGAAAAUUACACCCUGUGCUCUAACGCGGGUGCCCGCCACUCCUUUGAUGCUAACAAGUGUUUAGCAUUUGUAGUGAGGACCACCAACGUCAACUACAGAAAAGUACGUCCCCUCAGCGUGCUGGCCCUCUUUGAAAUGUGUCCCCAAGUCUUCCGGUAUGGCUGCCUGAGGGAGGAAAGCUGCCAUUACGCUCACUCUGUCAUUGAGCUAAAAACCUGGAGGGUCCAGCGGGACACAGGUAUCAGCCCUGAUGAGAUUGUUAAAGUGUCAACAGAAUAUCAUGAGAAGCAGGAACAGAGUUCAAGCAGCCAGCGAUUCAAUAGAUCUCCUGCUGCUGCUAACGGCGAAAGCAAAGCGAAAGGCAGUAAUCUGAACAUGAAGAUGAACUUUGCCUGUGCUCAGUGCUGGCGAGGAGGCAACGUGAGCGUGCCAGACAAAACCCUCAAGUAUUGCAGUGCCAAGGCCAAGCACAUGUGGACUAAAGAGCAAUACACACUUCUGGUGAAGACCUUGGAUAAGAGCAAAUGGGUUCCUGUCAGACCACUGCCGCAUACCCCAAAGAACUUCCCUAUACAGUAUGAAAUGUGCAACCAGAUAUUGGAGAAAAAGAAAUGUAACUACAGCGGGAAAUGCACCUUUGCCCACAGCGAAGAGGAAAAGGACAUGUGGAUGUACAUGAAGAAUCAAGACAUCCGGGACAUGCAGCAAAUGUACGACAUGUGGCUGACAUUAAGCACCCACAAUCGUCAAGCAGACGGCGCCGUGCUCACCCAGCCAGUCCCUGAAGAGAAAUACAUCAUCAUGCCAAUGGACAACGCUGAGCAAAUGAGUGGCUUCUACUGUCAUCUUUGUGGGAAGCACAGCAACGGUGAGCGCCAGUGGCAGCAGCACAUCUCCACCCUGAAGCACAGGGAGCGCGUGUUCAGCUACGAGGGAGAAGACGAGGCUUUGACGUGGACGUACCGCUUCCCCGGCUCAUGCUUCCAGCUCUGCUCCAAGUUGGAAGGCGGCUGUCCUGAUGGUGCCAGUUGUGACUCCGCCCACAGUCAUGAGGAGCUGCAGGAGUGGAUGGAGAGGCGGGACAUCCUGCGUCAGAGGUUGGCCAAAGCGAGGGAAGACAUGCUCAUCAUGCCUGAUGAGUUUGACUUUGGAAAGUACAACUUUCUACUUCAAGAGUCCGACAAAGAACCACAAAAGAACUGUGAUAAAUGAUAUAUUUUUGUUUACUUGCCGUUGGUCUAUGGAAGACAUUUUAUUUCUGAUUUCUGUGUGCCUUUUUAUAUUGCUCAUGUAGUUUACAUACACACACACACACACACAAAAAGAAAGUUAAGGGAUGUUUAUUCCAUGCAAACAAUACAAACAAUAUCUGUUAUAGUAUUAAAAGUACUUUUAUCCAGGUUAUAUCAACAUUCAGCUCAAAUAGAAACUGUUGGUAUCGAAUUAGUAGUCACGCAGAGACGUGUUUUGAUUGGUAGAACUGUGUUGUUUACCGUUUGAUUCUUAUUUUGGAUAAAUCACCAUUUGAUUAAAUUAUUCUUUG